AUGACCCUCAAAGAUCAACCGUCCGUCGAGUCGCCGCGAGUGCCGCUCGCGUCGUCGUCGCGCGUGUCCUGGUCCCUCUUCCUACUCCUAGUAACCAUCCCGCUCUUGUUCCUGUUACAUAUCCUCGUGCUCAGAUACAGUUGCAUCGCUCCCGCAUGGACGGCGGCGAUCGAAUCCGACUCGCAGGACGAGUUAAAGCCCGUUGGCGGAGUUGCGGCGAUGAUUGACGUGAUCGGACCGCUGUCGGACCUCCGAGGGAGCAUGGGCGACUCGGAGACGGACCUGGGGGUGAUGGAAGAAGCGGACGCGCCGCGGAAGAUGGAAGAAGCGGAACCGGCGCCGCGAUGGAUGGAAGAAGCGGAACUGUCGCGACGGAAGGAAGAAGCGGAACCGCCGCGAGGGAUGGUUGACGCGGAGAGGAGUGCAGAUCGGUUGCGGUACCCGGGCAGGAAGCGCGUGGUGGGGCUCGUCGGGGUGUUCACCGAUUUCUCCAGCCGCGAGAGGCGCUCGCUGCUUCGCGACACGUGGUUCCCCGCCACGCCCGAGGAGCACGCGCGGAGGAGCGCACAGGAGGAGCGCACAGGAGGAGCGCACAGGAGGAGCACACAGGAGGAGCGCACAGGAGGAGCGCACAGGAGGAGCGUUGGUUACGUGGCGUUGCCGGAGGGGCUUUACGUUGUGCGGCUCGUGCAGGACGGCGCGCUCGACUACGGCACCGCGUUCUUCGCCACGCUCGGCGCCGUGCAGGACGGCCAGCCCAGGGUGAACGAGGAGGAAAGAAGCGUGCUCUCUCUGCCGACCUCUCCUCUCCGCUUCACCCCCCACCCUCCCCCCCACCUUGGCGUGUCUCCCAGCCAGCCCAGGCCCAGGGUGAACGAGGAGGAAAGAGGCGUGCUCUCUCUGCCCCCCUUUCCUUUCCACCCCCCUUCCACCUUGCCAGUGGAAGCAGAGGCCGGGCGGGUGUUUCGGUUCAUCAUCGGGAAUGAGUGUAGCGCAGAGGACGAGGAGAUGAUCUUGGAAGCAGAGGCGGGGCUGGUGUUUCGGUUCAUUAUCGGGCACGGCACGAGUGCGGAGGAGGAGGAGCAGCUGCAGGUGGAGAACAGCACUCACGGGGACUUGCUUCGCAUCGAUGUGGACGAGGCAGACUUCAAUGUCAACCGCAAGGCUCUCGUGUACUUCACAUCACUCUUCAAGCUCUAUGAAGCCGAGUUCUACGUCAAGGCAGACGACGACAUCUACCUCAUACCAGACCGCCUCGCUUCUCUGGUCGCCAUGCCAAGGAAGUCACCUCGAACGUACCUUGGAUGCUUCAAGAAUGGAGCCGUGGUGACCAACCCCGACAUGAGCGAGUUUGAGCCGAACUCACGACUGCUGGGGCCGCAGUAUUUCCUGCAUGCAUACAGCAACAUCUACUCCCUCUCCUACGGCGUCGUCAAAAUCCUCAACUCCGUUCCCAACGGCAGGUGA